AUGUCGUUCAAAUACUCCCGUGACCUGAUCUAUGGCGAGCCCAACAAUGACGGCGCCGCCCCGAUGUGGGAUCGGCCAUCUGCCAACGAUGGCCUUAUCUUCGGCCCCCCGGUCACCACCGAGUCUCCCAUGUGGAACCGAGCCCCGGGCAACGUCCCAAUCUUUGAGGAGGCGGUUAUGAGCCCAGCCCCCAUGUGGAAUCGCCCUGGCAUUAACACCCCGAUUUGCCCUUGCUGCUCUUCAUCGAAUUCAGCCUACUGCACCAGGCAUGGUACCCCGGCCUCGUCGCGUCCCGCGUCAUCUCACAUGGCUGUCAACACCCACGACGACAAGACACUCAAGAACAUUCACUCGACUCCCAAUCUCAAGGGCAACGCUUCCCCUCAGAGCCUCGGCAUCAAGGGAAGCAUCAAGUCCCUUCGACGCCGCGCCAGCUUCGUCUAG